CCGUAACGUAAGAGCCAUACUUGACAACACAAUGGCUGAAGACUUUCGAUCGAAUUCUGGAAAUGUAACUACUUUAUUAAUCAAUGUUGAAGUUAAGUCCCAAUAUGUCUUCACCAACGAGACAAGUUAGUGUUCGAAGACUCCCACCGCUCCCAAACCAAGUUCCGGUGAAGCCGAUUUUAAAGGAAAAUGGGGUUUCUCUGGAGAACGUUAGAUGUCGACAUUCGCGAACCUCUACAAAUUUGACCGAAUUACAAGUCAAGGAGUUCUUGGGCGCGAAUCCCAGUUUCCUUGAUGAAGUCAUUCUCGAGGUGGCGAGCAGGGAACAGAUUGAGAGAUGGCUCAUUCGCAAAACCCAUCUCAUCUCGACCUCUGGCCCAGACAACAAAAUGUCGACUUCAUUAUCCAGAUGGAAGUUUUGUGUGCAUACUGAUAAACGGAAGAUGUUACAACAGCUGACAAGAGACAUUAACCAGCAACCGAAGAAAGCGCGAGUCAUGUACGAGCUCGCUGCGAACAUUGCUAAAGCUAUUCAUGCUGACCGAUUCUCCCUAUAUCUUGUCGAUAAAAAUGGAUCGGAUAUCUUUCUUUAUUCGGAGUCAAAGACAAGGACGCGGAGUCUUGGUCGGCAACCCAUCGGCAAGGGAGGGACCGUGGCAGCGCAUGUCGCGGAGACAGGAGAACGCCUCUUUAUUAAAGACAUAUUAGGGGACGAGAGGUUUCCAAAAGGCAUCGGUGUGGAAGAUAGCACCGCUAUGUCUGUUCUAUGCCAGCCCAUCAUCCAGUCAGACGGCACUCUGGUCGGCGUCGUCGAGCUUGUCAAAGCCCUUGGGAGCAUGCCAUUUGAGAAAGAAGACGAGGAGAUUCUGAAUAGUUACCUGGUCUGGGGAAGCAUAGCGAUACACCACGCCGAGAUUUCAAAACAGAUAACAAAGCAGAAGGAUCUGAACACGUUCCUUUUGAAUGUCGUAAGGUCGAUAUUCGACGAGGCCUGUACCAUGGAUACAGUGAUAGAGAAAAUUAUGGCAUUUGCCAAGAAGCUGGUAAACGCAGACAGGUGUUCUCUCUUCUUGCUGGACCAAGCCUCUGAGGAGCUAUUCGCGAACCUCUUUGACGACGGAAAUGAGGACGGGAGCUUCCGUUGUGGCAAUGAGAUCAGGUUUCCCGUGUCGAAAGGCAUCGCGGGAUACGUGGCGUGCACGGGUAGUAUCCUGAAUAUCCGAGAUGCCUAUCGGGACGAGCGGUUUAACCGAGAAGUCGACAUGAAGACAGGAUACACGACACACACGAUACUCUGCGUCCCUGUGCGGUGCAAGGGCAGUAUUAUAGGAGUGUGUCAAAUGGUGAACAGUCACAAUGGAUUCUUCUCUCCUAACGAUAUGCAAUCGUUUGAAAUGUUUGCGGGGUACUGUGGGCUGGCUCUACACUAUAGCAAGAUGUACAAUUCGCUCUUUUGCGCGCAGCAGAAGCACCAGGUGGCGCUGGAGGUCAUCUCGUAUCAUUGCUGCGCGUCAGAAAAAGAGACAGAAGAGUUCCUUAAUUCCGCUGACCUUGUUAUGCUACCGCCGGCGUUCAACAGCUGGGAAUUCGAUAUGUAUCAGGAUAAUGAUGCGCUCACUUAUUAUUUUAUCAAAAUGACGCAAGAUCUCUUUGACCAUUGUAACGUCAGAGUGGAUCUUGAGACGAUAGCACGAUUCUCUCUGUCAGUCCGGAAGUGCUACCGUGAUAUCCCGUACCACAACUGGUGUCACGCAUUCUCUGUCGCGCACAGUCUGUGGAUUGUCAUACGAGAUAACGAGUCUCUUACGGACUAUGAGAAACUGUCGCUGUUCAUCGCGGGUAUUUGUCACGAUGUUGACCACCGCGGUAAAAAUAAUGCGUUCAUGCUUCACUGCAAGACGCCUCUAGCCAACCUCUACACGACUUCCACGAUGGAAUGGCACCACUUCAAACAAGGAGUCUUUAUACUAGAGAGCGAGGGCCAAAACGUCUUCGGGCAGUUAGAUGCCGAGAGUUAUCGAAGGGUUCUAGAACUUAUCCAGGAAGCGAUCAUCGCUACGGAUCUAAUGUUGUUCUUCGGAAACAAAAAAGAGCUGGAAACUCUGCAGGAAAAUAAAGCAUUUCGCUGGGAAGAGGAAAAACACAGGUCUCUGAUUCGCUGCUUGCUUAUGACCGCGUGUGACCUGUGCACGUCGGCCAAACCAUGGGAUAUUCAGGUCGUUGCUGUAAAUAAAGUCUUCGAGGAGUUCUACAUUCAGGGUGACGAGGAGCGCAAGAUGGGACUCGAUCCAUUGCCGAUGAUGGACCGAUCAAAACACGAUGAUCUUCCGGAGAACCAGGUUGGCUUUCUGAAGGGCAUCGUUAGACCGUGCUACUCACUACUCAUGGACUUCGUCCCCGAGAUGGCUCCGCUCAUUACUUAUGUCGAUGGAAACCUGAGGAAAUGGACGAACCUCGCGAAGAAGCAACAGGCCAGAAACGAUAGCAACAGCUUGCUCAUUCCAGAGGAGGAGCGUAUUAAGAGGUCCAUCUCUUUUAUCGACUACUGAACGUGUCCUGAUUAUGGUCGAAGCUUAAAAGUCAUGUAUAAAAAAAAUUGUACAAAAGAAUUUAUACUAUUUUAUAUUUCUAAAACCAAGUAUCAGAUAUGCGAUUUAUUAUUUCCUAAAUACCAGGCCACUCUGAUGAUAAGUAUUGUUGUUAUCAAUAACUAUAGAAGGUUUUAGUGGAUACCUUAUAUUUCUCUGUGUAUAGACCGUUUAUUUGGCUAUUUAUGCAACUGCAUGUACAUUCAUUGAUUUGCUUUUUUUUUUACUUGAAUAAAAUAAUUGCAUUCGCUUUCAA